AUGGAAGAUGUUCAAUCCACAAUUGAUUCAUUAAAAAAAUUGAAUACCAAGUUCAUUCUUCAAAUUGAUGAACUUAGAAAAAAAAAUGCUGAUAUCAAGGCUGAAAAUAUAAAAUUAAAACAAGAUAAAGCAGAAAUUAAAGCUAGAUUUAUAAAACUGGAGCAGAAUGAUAAAGAUACUGCUUUUGAAAAUGCUGAACUUAAAGCUAAGGUUGCAAAAUUGAAACAGAAGCAAUCACAAACUGAUGAAAAGAAUAACUUUAUUGUUAAAUUAAAUGAUGAUGCUAAGGAAAUUGAUCAAUUUUCACCUAAAUCAUUGAAAAACAUAGAAAUUGAUAAUUUCCUAGAUUCAACAUAUAAAGAAAAGGUUAGUAAAGAGAGAAUUAGAGAAAAGAUACUUCAACAAAACUUAUUUUUAAAUAAUACUUCACUGGAAAAGGUGAUACCUAAGGAUUCAUCUACAGUUCUAUUGCUUUCUUUAGGUCAAUUAUUUGAUAAAGCAACUGAUGCUGAAUAUGGCGCAAUUCAUGCCAAUCAGAAAGAGAUUUUAUGCUGGUAUUAUUAUGAAAAAGGAUUCUUAAUUCAGGUUAAAGUAGUUAUACAAAAUGCAGAAAUUACAUUACAUGAUGCAAAUGACAAGUCUUUGACUCCUAAAAUUUCAGCUAGAGGCUUCUGCCAAAAUUCUAUUACCAAUUCUUCCAGCUCAGAAACAUCUACUUCCUCUUUUCAAUUAUUUCAUACCUCUAAUUCAAAAGAUAUAAUAAGUAAGGAUAACAAAUCUUUAUUGAAUACUGAGAUAAGCAUAUUAUCUCCAAAGGCAGGCUUAUGCCAAUAUGCCAUCGAACAUAAAAUAGAUUCUAAGAAAUUUUUAGUUAUUACAGAAGCUAAGAAAAAUAAAUGGACUACAGAAUAUUUUCAUGGGAAUUUGAAAAUAGAUAUAUGUUUCUAUCAUGCUAAAAUAGAAAGAAAAAAAGACUUUAGAAAAUAUUGUAAAUUUUUAACAGAUCAGGAGAGGCUAGUCAGUGAAGAGUUAUUAUGUCAUGGUAUACUAAAAAGUGGUUUGAGUACUGCAUGGCUUGAUGAUCUUAUAAAAAAAUGUGAAAAAAUCUAUGCUAAAUUCAUACAGAUAUCUUUUGAAGAAAAGACUUUAUUUGUCUGCAGAUAA